AUGUGGGCUCCGGGGCGUUUUGCUACUCGCUCGCUGUCCUUGGAUGGCUUGUUCUAUGUUGGAUCUGCGGUUGGGGUUGGACGACAAGACAACACAUUCUCAUACGACUUUGUUUUGACACCCGGUGCCACGUCAGGUCACGGCAGUGCCGAGGGAAAAGAAGAAGCAUGUGUACCGACCGUGCUUGUUUUGCUUUUCAUGCCGGCGGGAUACAUACGACAAUAG